GAGAGAGGAUAUAUGAUAUGGGUUUGGCACAAAGGUGGUUGUUGAUAGUGGUGGGUAGCAUAUUGAGUGGGAGAGGGUUGACGUUGAGGCAUAACUAUGGAGAAGCAUUGUCAAAGAGCAUAUUGUUCUUUGAAGGCCAGAGAUCAGGGAAAUUGCCACCAACACAGAGGAUGAAUUGGAGGAAGGAUUCUGCACUUCAAGAUCUCUAUAUACUUCCUCCUUCUAAUGUCUCUCCUCUCCCUCCUAAAGUUGACUUGGUUGGUGGUUACUACGAUGCUGGUGACAACAUGAAAUUCAACUUCCCUAUGGCAUUUUCAACGACGAUGCUGGCGUGGAGUGUAAUAGAGUUCGGAAAAUUCAUGGGUCCAGAGCUGAAACACUCACUAGACGCUAUUCGUUGGGGCACGGACUAUUUGCUGAAAGCCACUAGCAUCCCAGGGUUUGUGUUUGCACAAGUUGGUGACCCUUAUGCUGAUCACAAUUGCUGGGAGAGACCCGAAGACAUGGACACACCAAGAACUGCUUUUGCUGUUACCAAGGACUACCCUGCCUCUGAACUUUCUGCAGAGAUUGCAGCAGCACUUGCAGCCUCUUCUAUUGUAUAUAGGAAAUACCAUCUCUCUUAUUCUUCAAGACUUCUCAAAAGGGCUACAAUGGUUUUUGACUUUGCUGAUAAAUACAGAGGAUCAUACAAUGACAGCCUCGGACACUGGGUAUGCCCAUUCUACUGUGAUUUUAGUGGCUACCAGGACGAAUUGGUGUGGGGAGCAGCAUGGUUGUUGAAGGCUACUAAGCUCCCUUAUUACUUGGAUUACAUUGCCAAAAACAUUCAUAAUGUGAAAAACUAUGGUGAAUUUGGAUGGGACUCAAAGGACGCUGGCAUCAACGUGCUACUUUCCAAGCUUCUAAUGAAUAGUAGCUUUAAUUCUAAGCCGUUCAGCCUCAACGCAGACAAGUUUGUCUGUUCAGUGCUACCUGAAUCACCUUCAGUAUCAGUCUCAUACUCUCCAGGUGGGCUUCUAUUCAAGCCUGGCGGGAGUAAUUUGCAGCAUGCAACAGCAUUCUCAUUUCUGUUUCUGGUUUAUGCUGGCUAUUUGAAAAAGACUAAUCAACAGAUUGACUGUAGUGGUAAUGUUUUGGCUUCUCCAACGCGACUCAAACAAAUAGCAAGAAGCCAGGUGGAUUACAUACUUGGAAGCAAUCCAGAGAAUAUGUCAUACAUGGUUGGAUACGGAGGAAAAUAUCCUGAAAGAAUACAUCACCGUGCGUCGUCAUUGCCAUCCGUAGAUGAGCACCGUGGCCACAUUGGUUGCAAAGAAGGAUCCUUUUAUUUUCAAACCCAAAAUCCAAACCCCAACUUGCUUUCAGGAGCUGUUGUGGGUGGACCUGAUAUUAAGGACUCAUAUGCAGAUUCUCGAGCAGAUUUUGCACACUCUGAACCUACAACAUAUAUCAAUGCACCUCUUGUCGGGGUUUUAGCUUACUUCAAAUCUCAUCCAUCCUAGACCAAACACUUAUCAUCAUCUUUUUCCCCCUCUUUUUACCUUUUUUUUAGAGGUAGCACGACAGGAGAAGAUUAAUUUGGAAAAACCUGUGUUUCGUGUAGCUUAUGUCUAGUUUUAUAAGAAAUAUAUAGAAAACA